AUGGUGGACACACCAGAAACGGGUGUCGACAGCACGAACGCCAACCUGCCUUCGCUUGACCGAACCCCCCCUGCACAUCAGCAACAGCAGCAGCAGGGCCAGGAGCAGCAUCAAAAUCAGCAUCCAUCAAAACAACAACAGGAGUCGCCGCAGCAACAAACCCCCUCACCCCCCUCCCAAAGUUCGGAAUCCAGAGACAAUGUUCGCACCAGCGAACCCGUGUUUCCCCCGCUGCAUAACAAUGCAGGUGCGGAUGCGGAUUCCAUCAUCUCAGGCAACUCGGCCCCUUCCCGCGGGGCCCCUGGCACGGGCACAGGCGGUGAUGACGACAAUGAUGAGGAGGAGCCCGCUGUGGCUCGGCCCUUUCUCCGAACUUCGAGUCCCGAUCCAUCCGCGCGCCCGGGCAUGACCACUACCGCUGAGGACGAAGAGGACGAUACAGGCUACGGAGGAACCCCGCACGGCGGCGGUGAUAGUGGGUUCACGUGGCGGCCGAGACUCAAGCAGCAGAUGCACCGGUUUAGUUUGUACGAGACAGCCAGUCGUUUCUACAUUGUUGGCGGCGAUGUGACCGAAAAACGGUACCGCAUUCUCAAGGUCGACCGCACCCACGACGACGGCGACGCCUCGGAGCUGAGUAUCACCGAGGACAAAACCGUCUACUCGCAAAAGGACAUGAACCAGCUGCUCGACACGAUCGAUGAUGGGAACCGAGGCACGGGCGGGCUGAAACUACGCUGCACGACCUGGGGUCUUUUGGGUUUCAUCAAAUUCACAGGGCCGUACUACAUGCUGAUCAUCACGAAAAAGAGCACUGUGGCCAUGGUUGGUGGUCACUACGUGUAUCAGAUAGAUGGCACUGACCUCAUACCGCUUACCUCGCCCAGCUUCAAGGCUGACCAGCGGAAUAACACGGAAGAGUCGCGCUUCCUGGGAAUCCUAAACCAUCUUGACCUGACCCGAUCCUUCUACUACAGCUACUCCUAUGAUAUUACCCGCAGUCUGCAGCAUAACAUUGCCCGCGAGAGAGACGCCCUCCUAGGUGUGCGCAACCCGGAAUCUUCUAUUGACGAGGAUUUCAACCCCAUGUUUGUCUGGAACCACCACCUACUCCAGCCGGCAGUCAAGGUCUUGAACGCCCCCUUUGACUGGUGCCGCCCCGUGAUCCACGGCUACAUCGAUCAGGCCGCCGUGUCUGUGUACGGGAGGACUGCCCACAUCACCAUCAUUGCCCGCCGCAGCCGUUACUUUGCCGGCGCUAGAUUUCUAAAAAGAGGGGCCAACGACCUCGGCUACGUGGCCAACGAUGUCGAGACCGAGCAGAUUGUGUCCGAAGCCAUGACCACCUCCUUCCACGCUCCGGGGCCCCGUUUCUUUGCUAGUCCUGCCUACACCUCCUACGUGCAGCACCGCGGCUCGAUCCCUCUCUAUUGGACCCAGGACAACACGGGAGUCACACCAAAACCGCCCAUCGAGCUGAACUUGGUCGACCCCUUCUACACGGCCGCUGCGCUGCAUUUUGACAACUUGUUUGAGCGUUACGGCGCCCCAAUCUACGUCUUGAAUCUGAUCAAGGCCCGCGAGCGGACCCCGCGCGAGGGAAAGCUCCUCGACGAGUACACCCGUGCCAUUGCUUACCUCAACCAGUUCCUACCCGAGGAGAACAAGAUCAUCCACCGGGCCUGGGACAUGUCGCGGGCCGCCAAGAGCCGCGAUCAGGACGUGAUUGGGACGCUGGAGAGCAUCGCCGAGGAGGUCGUAAGCACCACCGGCUUCUUCCACAACGGCGACGGCCAUACCAGCCCGAUUCGGGUGCAGAACGGUGUGGCCCGCACAAACUGCAUUGACUGUCUCGACCGGACGAACGCGGCCCAGUUUGUCAUUGGGAAACGGGCGCUCGGCCACCAGCUUCAUGCCCUCGGAAUCUUAGGCGAUACCACGGUCGAAUAUGACACGGAUGCGGUCAACCUGUUCACCCACAUGUACCACGACCAUGGCGACACCAUCGCCGUGCAGUAUGGCGGCUCACAGCUAGUCAACACCAUGGAGACCUACCGCAAGAUCAAUCAAUGGACCAGCCACUCGCGCGACAUGAUUGAGAGCUUUAAACGAUACUACCACAACUCCUUCCUCGAUGGCCAGCGCCAGGAGGCGUACAACCUGUUCCUGGGCAACUACAUCUUUGCCCAAGGACAGCCCAUGCUGUGGGACCUAGCCACCGACUACUACCUCCACCACGAGGACCCCCGGAGGUGGAUCGAGAAACGCAAGCGGGACUACAUCAACUGGUACACCCCUGAGUUCCUCAAAGAGCGUGUGCUCCCGCCAUACCCACCGAUCCACCCAUCGGCGACCAUGGCAGCGGGCAACAGCAAAACAUCGGCCCCAAUAAUCCCCUCCUCGGCCUACGACGACUACUGGCUGGAAUACUACCGCCCUUCCACGCUCUCGUCCUUCCCCAAGAUGUUCCCCUACAAGAUGAACUCCACCAUCAAGUACAUCCCCUUCAAGUCGACUCACGACGGCCGCUAUGACCUGAGCCCGUUCCGGGUGCGCAACGAGAAUGAGACUGACGCGCACGAGAAAAGAAAGUCCAAGAAGGAGGUGACCAUCGUUGCGCCGCAUGACGGGGCCCGCAUGGCCGGCGAUGCGAAGACGCCAUCAACUUUUAGUGAAAAGUCGGUCGCCGCGUCCUCUCACCACCGCAAUGCUAGUUAUAUUUCUUCUACAUCCCGCUCUCAUCAUCACACCCAACAUCAACACCACCACACCCGCCACCAAAGUCACCCUCAUCCCCUCUCCCAAACCCAGACCCACUCCAACUCCCACUCCCACGUCCACCACAGUAGCAGUCUCCACCACCAAGGCCACAACCCAGACCCGUACCACUUGAAGAAGCCCCAUCAAACCGCGCUUGAAAAAUCCCGCGCUGCUCAGCAGACCUUCACCCAGCUCGUGCGCGACUCCCUCAACCCGGCCGUCGGUGCCGACGAGGCGGAUGACUACGCCCGCUACGUCGAACACCCACAGAACCUACCCCUGGUGGUGUCUUCCACGUCGUCGUACUCGAAUUCAACCGCUGUGGAGCCAGAAUAUGUCGAGUUUAUUGCCGGCCGUUGGAUGGCGGAAGGGUUAGGAAGAGAGGCAGAUUUUGUACGCCACGAGUCUUCCACCACUAGCAACGAAAGCGGUGGAGUUGAAGAAGAAGAGGAGGAAGACGAUCGGGUGUUGUACGCCGAAACGGUCAAAGUACCCGAGAAUCCGUUGACCGUCACCGAAGAGGACGCGCUCAAGAAGCGGUACAAGGCCUAUCGCAAGUGGUUGAGGGGCAAGAGCCUAUUCAAGCAGCAGCCGGUGGACUAG